AUGUUAAAACAACCUGCUAAUAUAAUCAAAAACACUGCUGUUGUUGAACAUGAAACCAAAGAAUUUACAGAUCUUCUUCCUCCUUUUUUAUUGCAAAAUAAUAAUGAUUUAUUCUCAAAAUUUAACCAAUUAGAAUUUGAUGAAGCUAAAAACUUGUUUGAGCCUUCUGACACUCCCUUUUCUAGUCUGCUUUCAGGUUCAAUGAUGAACAGAAGUUAUAACCGUUACUCAAACAUUUUCCCAUUUGAUAGAAACAGAAUUAAAUUGCCAGUUGUUGAAGACAAAAAAACCAAGUUUUCAGAUUACAUCAAUGCUUCCUCUAUUAAUUUAGAAGAUCAACAAUACAUUGCUGCUCAAGGUCCACUAUCCAAUACUAUAAAUGAUUUUUGGCAAAUGGUUUAUGACAAUUCUUUAUCUGAUAAUAAUACUUACCACUCAGUUAUUAUAAUGUUAACUCCUUUACUUGAAAAUUCUAUAGAAAGAUGCACUUGUUAUUGGCCAAUGGAGAAAGAUAGUGAAAUUUUAUUAGCUCAAAGAAGCACCAACACAAAAUACAAGUUCGAAUUAAAACUUAGAAAUUUGACUAAAAAGUAUGUAAAGGAUGGUGGUUUUACCCAUUCUCAACUAUUACUAACUCCAUACAUUCCUGAGGACAAAGAUAAUGCCUCUGAAAAUGCUUAUCCCUCAAAAAUUAUUCACCAUCUUUAUUUUGCUAGAUGGAAUGAUUUCAGUCAACCAACUAACCUUGAUGAUCUAUACAAUCUAAUUAAUUAUACCCAUUCUUUGCACAAAGUUAAAGAUUUUAGUGAAAAGAGAAUUUUUAUUCCAUUCAUCAAAAAAAAGCAAAGUUUGCCUUUAUUUAUUCAUUGUUCUGCUGGCGUUGGUAGAACUGGCACUUUUAUAACUUUGCAUUAUUUAUUAAACUACCUGAAGCAAUUCAAAGACAAUUAUUACAGUUUAAAAUAUUUGUUAAAUAAUAAAUCCCCAAACACGAAUAAUGAUACUGACCCUAUUUAUGAAACAAUUAAGAAAUUGAGAUCACAGAGAGCUAGAAUGGUUCAAGAUUUUUCUCAAUUUUGUUGCAUUUAUAAAUUGCUUUGCAAAGUUCUCAUUGAAAAAAUAAAACUGCAACCUCAAAAUUUUAAUUGA